AUGUGGAAGACAUACGUGACUAAUGGUGAGAAGAUAUCUCAUUUUGAAUUUCCAAGUGAUAAAGCACUGAGACAAAAAUGGAUUCAGGCAAUUCGAAGAGAUGUUGGUGAUAAUUUUGUGAUCGUCGACCGUCAUACCAAGUGGAAACAGGAUUCACCACGAAAGCGAAAGGCUCCCAAAGAACGGCGCGUACUGAGUCCAAAGAAACCAUGUCCAUCACACUCAAAUAGUAACACGGAACCGACUUGUAUUGAACCCAAAACAAAAGAGUUUGCCUGUCAAACGAAUAUAACUCUCGCUGAAUUUAAUAAUGUAUCGGAGAAUUCUUCAAGGCUGCCUAAACUGUUGGACAACACGAAAUCAUUAAACGAAACUGUAACUGAAUUACAAGAUCAGAUCAGAUGCAAUGAAAUUAUGAUUAAUAAGCUUGAAGAAAACGUAGGUGCUCUUAAUGAUCAGCUAAAAAAGAAAGCAGAGAAAUGUUAUGCCCUGAACGAUGAAUUUAAAAGCAUGACUGAGAAAUGCCAAAAAAGCGAAAGGAAAAAUGAGAGAUUUUUUAGUGUAAACAAGUUUUUGAACGAUAACCCUGCAAUGUUGUUCUAUACAGGCUUCCCAAAUGCUGAAAUCUUUGAGAGCUAUUUAGAAUUUUUACAGCCUGGUAAAAAUGGUGAAAACAUAAAGUACAAGAAUGCAUCCUAUGCAGACAAUAAUUACAGUAGAGCUAAGCCUGAUAAAGGAUUCCUUAUUCAAGAUCUCCUUCAAUCCGGAGUUUCCUUGAACAUGCCUCCAUUUGUAGGAGACCAGGUGCAGUUUAGUGCAAAUGACACUGUAGACACACAAUCAAUUGCAUCUUUAAGAGUGCAUGUGGAAAGAGCCAUAAACAAAAUAAAGAGUUUCCACAUUUGGAAUAGGUCUGCUGAUUUCAUUUCAGACAUCAACGAGUGUGUUAAAAACCACAAUUGUAGCGAGAACGCCAACUGCACAAACACCGAGGGAUCUUACAAUUGCUCCUGCAAUCCUGGAUUCAGCGGGGAUGGACAUGGAUGCGAAGACAUUAAUGAAUGUGUUCAAAACAACGGUUGUAGCGAGAAUGCCAACUGUACAAAUACCGAGGGAUCUUACAACUGCUCUUGUAAUCCUGGAUUCAGCGGGGAUGGACAUAAAUGUGAAGACAUCGAUGAAUGCGCUCACAAUACCCACAACUGCAGCAGGAACAAUGCUACUUGUACGAACACUGAGGGAUCCCACAACUGUUCUUGUGAUCCUGGAUUCACUGGAGAUGGACACAUCUGCCAAGACAUCGACGAAUGUGCUCACGAAAUCCACAACUGCAGCAUGGACAGUGCAACAUGUAAAAAUACCGAAGGAUCAUUCUGCUUAUCUAUGCAAGGUAUUGAGAGUAACUGGGAAACUAUUUUCACAGUUAUUUUAUUUUCCCUAGCUAUUGAAGAGUGCUCGUCUACGCGUCCUUGUGACACAAAUGCUCACUGCUGGAUUUCGCAAGGCUCCUAUUAUUGUUCCUGUAAAGCAGGCUAUACUGGUGACGGAAAGACAUGCAGUAAAUAUCCUAGGGACUGUGCUGAGGUGUACAGUUCUGGAAAGGUAGACAGUGGAGUCUACACGAUUAAACCUUCCGGUUCACGAGUCUUUGAUGUUUUCUGCAACCAAACGAUAGCAGGGGGCGGGUGGACAGUAUUUCAAAGGAAAUUAGCUAGCUCCUUCAGCUUCGACAAAGUCUGGGAUAAAUACAAAGAAGGCUUUGGAAAUCUAUCUGGAGACUUAUGGCUCGGGACGAAAAAACUGCACCGCCUAGCAAAACAUGGUGUCUGGCAAAUUCGAGUUGACUGGGAAAAAUGGGAAGAUAAUCGGACUCACUUUGUCGAAUUUUCCGUUAAAGUGUUAUCUGACCACAGGCUUUCUGUGAAAGACCAACUUAAAGGAGACCACUGGGAUCCCUUGAAAAAUGGCGAACAUGACUUCAGAACAAGAGAUAGGAAAGAUAAAGGAAAGUGUGCAGAGGUCUGCAAGAUGGGGUGGUGGUACACAAACGAUUGUAGUCCUGAUACUGACUGCCCCAUAGGAAAGGAUAACUCGACUAAAAGAGUUGAAAUGAAGAUUAAAAAAAAAUAAGUGCGCUUCUCCACCAAUGGCCUCCCAGAUGCUCAAAACCACGUUCAAAACACUGAUUGAUCAAGUCAUAAUGUUUUUAUCCAUGCUGGUGUCCUAGCAGAUUUGGACUCCUCUAGAUUUGCACCCCCCCCGCUCCAAAUCUGUUAGCGGAUAUGGAUCCCCCGGUCCAAAUCCACCAGCGGUUUUGGACCCCUCUCCGCGGAUAUGGAAACCCAACAAAACUGAGCUCAGCUAUGUGAGAACUUGAAAUCGAGCACUUUUCGCCAAAAGUAUAUACCGCAAGUCCAUUGCUAUGCAAAAACUAUGUUUGGAACUUUCAAUGAGAGGUUUUCACGACGCUCAAAGUGUAAAUAUCACAGUUAUUGUUGUGCUUGGUCCGUUCUUUCUUUUUGAUAAAAGCAACACCAUAAGCAGCGUAAGCCCGUUAAACUAAUUUACCAAUACUGCUUUUUUACCCCUGACAAAUGAUUGCUAUGAAGUGUGAUAAAGGAAUAAAUACGUAAUAUACACUGAGUCGCUUUGACGCGCUUAAUAAUCGUACCGAUAGAGAAAAGUUCAUGUGCGUGGAAUGCGUUAUCAGCACUGAGUAAUUUAUCUUAUUGUUACUGUGUUCCGCAAUAAAGUAGAGCUGCUCCGCCUGCUGCAAAGGUAUUAUUCUCCUUUAUCAUAACCCUCGAGAUUCCUUCCGUCAAGCAUGGCCGAAACGAAAGUGUACAACGAAGUUUUUCACUGUCCGCGAUACCGAGUAUCCGAUCGAGUUUUCGAAAUAUCAGAAAAGAAAUGUACGUGAGAAAGCUUAAAAACUCGUUCAUAAAGAUGCUGCACUCUUUUUCACUGGUCAGAGAAACGGUCA